GCUAUUUGUGUUCUUUGUCACUUUCUUCCCAAACGACCCUGUUGGGUUCAUUUCGGUUUUCAUUUGUAGAUGUUUCGUCGUUUUUACAAAUCAUCCAAAAAAAUUAUCAUCAAUUCACCCCUAUCACAAUCCACCAACCAUUUUGCCUUUUCAAUCCACAUUCACACAUGGGUUGUGUUGUCUCCUUCCGAAAAUCAGCCGCCGGCGAAGACGACGAUGACUUACUGGUGUCGGUGUGCAGGGAGAGGAAGAGACUGAUGAAAUCCGCCGUGGAUCGGCGGUACGCGCUUGCCGGAGCACAUUUUAAGUACAAUCAGUCACUCUACGCCGUCGCAUUAGCCCUCCGGUUGUUCGUCGCCCGGCAUUCUUCGUCUCCUUCUUCCCGAUUCCUCAUCACCUUCCCUGAGCCCUCUACGAACCUGCACCUUACUCAAUCCAAACCCACGGCGAUUCCGGAAGCCGUGACAGAAGUCGUUGAAGAAGAAGAGGCGGAAGAGACGGAGGAGGAGAGUAACGGUUCAGUUUGUGAGCAUUUCUAUGAUGAUGGUAUGGUGGACCCCACACCUGCACCACCUGUAGUGACGUCAUCAGGUCAUGAGCAGAAUCCGGAUGAAUUUGGUGGGUGGGAUUUUUUCAAUCCGUUUCAGAAUAUGAUAGUGAAUGAUGUUGGUGGUGAGCACGAGGAUGAGGGUCAAAAACGGAAGGCGGAGGAUGUGAAGGUUGCGGCGGCGGAUGCUAACGUGAGCCUGAAGGUGAUUGAUACACAUACACCAUCACUAUCUAAUGAAGAUGAUAAUGGGAGGGAACUGUUGGACGCACUAAAAGACGUCGAAGAUCAUUUUCUAAAAGCUUAUGAAUCUGGUGUUGAAUUCUCAAAAAUGCUCGAAUUCUCCAAUGUGGGUCCUCUUGAUCAUCUUCAUUCAAAAGAAAGCUCCGAGAAGUUUAUUCCAUCGAUCGCAUGGCACAAAUCGGCGAUAACCAGAUCACCAUCGUGUAGAAGUCUUCUUUCUAGCAGCUCCCGGAGUUCAUCCACAUGGACGGGAAUCAACAGUAGCAGUGAUAUCUUCGAGGAGACCGGAGGAAUGGAAUCCGGCAGCCAUUUAUCGACAUUAGGGAGGUUAUACGCUUGGGAGAAGAAGCUUUACGAUGAAGUUAAGGCUGGUAGUGAAAUUAAGAAGCUUUACGAUCGAAAAUCUUCCCAAUUAAGUGGUGAAAAUGGUAGCAACAAGCAUGGAGUCGAAGACCAAGUCAACGAUUUGUACUCCAGAAUGUUGGUCAGCAUAAAGAUCUGUAAUUCCAUCUCGAAACGAAUUGAGAAGGUGAGAGACGACGAACUUCAGCCACAGCUCAUCGAAUUGCUACAUGGGCUAACAAAAACAUGGAAAUCGAUGUUGGAAUCACACAAAAUGCAAAGCCGCACGAUGUUCGAAGUCAAAUCAUUCCCAACCGCCGCUCUCGCCAAUGACCGAUCACGUCAUCUCGCAACUCUCCAACUCGAGGCUGAAAUCCAAAAUUGGCAAUCUACAUUUUCGAGUUACAUUGACUCCAUAAAAGCAUACAUUGAAUCAUUGACCGAAUGGUCAAACCGAACCCUAACCCCCAUCCCCGAACCCGCCACACCACCACCCGUAUUCACCAUUUCCCGUGAUUGGUUAAUCGUUACAAAGAAUUUGCCCGAUAAAGCCGUGACAUAUGCCAUGAAAAGGUUCUCUAAAGACCUUCGGGCUCUGUGGGCCCAACAAGGGUUCGAGCAGCAUCAACAGCAAAAAGUUGACCGGCUUGUUGUGGAAAUGGAGAAACGAUUGGUUGGUUUUGAGAAGGAAGAGAGGAAUAUAAUAAACUUGAAGCCGUUGAAUGUGAAAAAUAAAGUUGAUGUUUUAGCCGAGAAAAAAGAUAAAUUUGACAGUUUUAGGAAGAUGGUGGAAACCGAAAAGGCGAAACAUAAGGAUUGUGUUGAGGAAACGCGGCGAGUUAUUUUGGUGGGAUUUCAGAUGGGAUUUUCUUCGGUUUUUGAUUCUUUAACGGAAUUUUGCGAGAUUUGUGUGAGGAAGUACGAUGAUGUUGCACGAAAUGCAACAUCGGGAACAAAAUUGAUUCAUGAAAGAUGAGGUUGUGGUUUGUAAAAUGUCAUUUUUGCUCAUAUGUAUCUUGGGAACACAAAUAAUAUAGAUUUGAUCUCUUUGCGGUUUAA